UGUUACGCUACUAUAACGAAGAGGAUUAGUUGAAUCAGAGCCGUUGGCUCGUUCCGAUCAAGAUGAAAGUACUACAGGUGUUCGGAUUUUUCGUAAUGCUCUGGCACAGUCAAUUUGCUUUGACUAUUAUCCCAGCGAUAGACGAUGUUAUAGUCCGAGGGUGCAAACUUUUAGAAAAUAAGACGCCGCUAUUGCGCCUUAAAAAGUAUCUCUUUUGCGAUUAUGAUAGCACGGUCCGUCCGAGUCAUCAUAAAGUAGCUGUCAACGUGACUCUCAAUUUGAUGCCGAAAUUGAUGGAAUUUGACGAGCAGGGUGUACUAACACUUCAUAGCUGGAUGUCACUCUCUUGGACGGACAUGUUUCUUACUUGGAAGUCGAGUGAUUAUGAUGGAAUCACUUAUAUUCACGUGAAAUCCCAGGACAUUUGGAUACCCGAUCUAUAUAUCUACAACUCUGGCGAUAUGUCGAGUGAUGAAUACGAGUCAAUUUACAAAACGGAAUGUUUGGUGUUCAAUACGGGUACUGUCGUUUGUGUGCCGCCUGUAAAAUAUGUUGCAAAAUGCAAUCCCAAUUAUAUUUACUGGCCUCAUGACCAGCACACAUGUCGUAUCGCACUUGGCUCAUGGUCGCAUACAGGAGAGGAAGUUGCCGUUCAUUUAGACGGAAUUGGAGUUGAUAUGAACAGCUAUGAGAAUAACACAGUGUGGGACUUUAAAUUGUUAAGUGCAGAAAAACUCGUCAAAAAGUAUAAAUGUUGUCCGAAUGAUACUUUUCCGAGAAUCGAUUACAAAUUUUCAUUGACACGGCACAAUGACAUAAAUCACAAAUCUUACGUCACACCAGCCAUUGCUAUGAUAUUCCUCACCCUAACGGUGCUCUGGUUGGAUUCAAGAUCGGUUGAACGAGUGGCAAUCGCGUGCGUAAAUUUUAUUUGCCACAUACUCUGCCUGAUCGACUUGUUUUGGAUACUGCCGUUUAAUGGUGCUAGUACUCCUAACAUAAUGCUGUUCUACCGCGACUCCUUGGCGUUGGCUACCUUUGCCUUGAUUCUGACAGCCUUGUUACGUAAACUGCAAAGCAUGAACAUGGAGAUGCCACACUGGAUGUCAUCCACGACAACAUUCAUCUUGAGUAACAGGGCUGGUCGAUUCCUCGUCUUGAACGAUGAGGAAUCCAAAAUAGCAGGUGGAGGUGUAGUGACUGAAGACAGCUCGGAUCUUCCAAAGUCUGGAAUGGGAAUGAAAGAAUCGUCCUGGAGAUAUUUCGCCGUUAUUGUCGAGUGGUUGUCAUUCUUCUGCGUGACCCUCACCUAUGUCGUCAUCUUAAUCACUCUUGUACCUUCGGGAAAUUAGCGAAUUAAUCCAUGGUGCGACCAAAACAUUCUCUACAAUGUUCAAAAUCUUUUUAAACAAUGUUCUGCUUUUCUGUGGAAGAUUAAAAUAAAUAAUUGUUUGCAUUUUUAAUGAAAA